UAUUUAUUUAGUGCAAACAUGGAAUUACGGAAAUGGUAUCAUAUUUUUCCAUAUCGAGCAUGACCAAUUGAGUGACCAAACACUAUUCUUAUGCGUGAGUAAUGGAGAGUCGAUCAUUUGGGAAAUCACUUAAUUAUCGGGUGCUUUUUCCGCAAAUGCUGAUCCGAUGGAUUUGUAGCAUCUGAAGCCGUUUCACGGCAAAGUGCAUUUCCAGGGGACGAGGAUCAAACCCUGUCGAUCAACGCAAGAGCCUUCGCAUGUACUUCUGCAUAUUUUUUGUAAGAACAUAUACAAAGUGGAAAAAACUUCAAAGAUUUUCAAGAAAGCGAGGACUUGAAUGUUCUGAGUCAUCCGACCAUGACGAGACACAACCACGCAAGUCUCACGUUCCUCAAUGCCACGACAGAACACCGUACCCCACAGCAGACCAGCAUCUACGUAUAUCCCAACUACCUAAAUCGAACCAGCAAAACAACGAAUUCAUUACUACCAAUUCAUCAUCACGAAAUCCUGCUUGCCCCUCUCAACAAAGCAAAAUCUUUUUUGGAAUAGAGCAAAAAUUCGCCGCUCCCUCCCUGCCCAGCCUGCCCUCGAACGCGCACUAUUUUCCACGAUCCCCGAAGUUCAUCCCUCCCCCCACCGAGAGACCCCCCCUCCCCCUGCAUUUUCCUACACCGCCAGACUGCUUAUUGCCCCCCCUCCCUCUCCCGCUUCCAUUUGCACCUGCAACUUCCGGUUCAUAAUCUAUUUUAUCUCUCAACUAUCCCCUCGAGCGAUCCUUUGUGAAAGACUCUAUUAUAUGCUAGAGCCAGCUAGGACUGGGACUAGGGUUCGGCGGGUGGAUUUGUGUACCUAGAAUGGUAAAUAAAUAUAGUUGAUGUGUGAUACGCCACACGAUCGAUCGCGUUACGUCCCGUCGUUGCUGAAGGAGUU